AUGAGCGCCCUCCGCCCAACAGCCCGCCUCGCCGUAACGGCGAGCGCUGCCGCGACAAGAUCCGCGACAAGAUCCGCGACUACGACGACGAAGACGGCUUCUUCCCGCCUCUUCUCGACGACGCAGCGUCGCGCCGGCGGCGGCAUGCAGUAUGACCCGCCGACGGGCUGGUUGUGGGGCGUGCGGCCGGGCGAGAAGUAUCAGAAUGAAGGGUGGGAGAAUAUCUUUUACUUUGGGUUUUGUGGGAGCUUGGGGGUUUUUGCUAUUGCUUAUGCUUUUAAGCCUGAUACUUCGAUCCAGACGUGGGCUUUGGAGGAGGCCAGAAGGAGGCUGGAGGUUGAGGGGAUCUUGGAGGACCCUCACCCUGAGAACAAGCCCAAGUAG